CGUGAUGUAACUGUGCCCUCUUGACUGCGCACCGCCCCUCUCCCUCAGUCCGCAUUUGGUUCUGCAAAAGGAAUUGACGGGUGCUGCUUGGAAAAUCGGUCUGUCUUUAAGGAUUACUGAAGCCAAAAAACGAGACUUCUUGAAGACGAAAAGGUUGCGUUAUUAUUCCUAGCACUGUCUGAGACAACUUCGCAUGCUCCCCAUUGGUAGCCUAGUUAAAUAUCCUUAUCCUGGCGUUGAAAUAAGGAAAUGGAGAACUCAGUUGAUGUCUUCCUGAGUCGAUUAAACAAGGUGGACAUUACAUGGGAAGGACAUAUAGUCCUUAUUCACUAAUCAUCCUAACUGCAGUGCCAGUGCGUCAUCGAAGACAGGUUUCUGGUGGUUAUGGCAGCAAACACACUCUGGAAUGAAGUGUGAAAAAUAACAUUCCAGGCGCAGAUAAAAAGGAAAAAUCUACGUUUUGAGGGCGAAGAGGAAGGUGUUCUGUGUUGCAACAGGCAUUAAUUUACAACAGUCAGAGAUGAAGGAAAAGUCCAAGAAUGCGGCGAAGACGAGACGAGAGAAAGAAAAUGGAGAAUUUUAUGAACUGGCGAAAUUACUGCCUUUACCUUCGGCCAUCACCUCACAACUGGAUAAGGCUUCAAUCAUUCGGCUGACAACCAGUUACUUGAAGAUGAGAGCCGUGUUUCCGGAUGGGCUGGGGGAGGCCUGGGGCCAGCCUACCAGAAUCAGCCCUCUGGACAACAUGGCAAAAGAACUGGGCUCCCAUCUACUGCAGACUCUGGACGGCUUCGUAUUCGUUGUCGCUUCAGACGGMAAAAUCAUGUACAUCUCUGAGACUGCAUCAGUCCACCUCGGCCUAUCCCAGGUGGAGCUGACGGGCAACAGUAUAUUUGAGUACAUCCACCAAUCAGACCAUGAUGAGAUGACGGCCGUUCUCAGCGCCCAUCAGCCCCUCCACCAUCACUUCCUGCAAGAGUACGAAAUUGAGCGCUCUUUUUUCCUGAUGAAGUGUGUAUUGGCCAAGCGUAAUGCAGGACUGACCCCCUCUCAUCUCUCUGCUCCGCAGGUGAUCCACUGCAGUGGGUAUUUGAAGAUCCGUCAGUACGUGAUGGACAUGGCGCUGUUUGACUCGUGUUAUCAGAUCGUGGGUCUGGUGGCGGUGGGCCACUCCCUGCCUCCCAGUGGUAUCACAGAGAUCAAGCUCCAUAGUAACAUGUUCAUGUUCAGGGCCAGCCUGGACCUCAAGCUCAUUUUCCUGGACUCCAGGGUGGCUGAGUUGACGGGACACGAACCCCAGGACCUGAUCGAGAAGACACUGUACCACCAUGUGCACGGCUGUGACGCAUUCCAUCUACGCUUCGCUCACCACCCUGUGAUGUUGGUGAAAGGGCAGGUCACCACUAAGUACUACCGUAUGUUGUCCAAGCACGGGGCUGGGUGUGGGUGCAGAGCUACGCCACCAUCGUCCACAACAGCCGCGUCCUCCAGACCCCACUGCAUCGUCAGCGUCAACUAUGUUCUCACGUGA